UAGGUCUACUUUUGACGAGGAUUCGUUUUUCUCGCCAACCCAACCUAAAGCAGAGCAGAGAGGAAGUCAUUCAGCACCGAGCCCGCAACCGAUACAAAGACUGCCCACCGUCCACGAUAAGGUUCUAGAGUGGUUUCUGAGGCUGGUUGGAAAUGUGCUUAACAUUGCAUUUAUCUAUUUAGAUCGAAAAUCGCCGUUUGAAGACAUCUGCUUGCACCAGCGUNUUUCGUUGACAUCUCCGCUACGGUUCUUCAAGGGUAUGCAUUUUCUGACGGUUACCUCGCCAGUAUCCGAAAUCAAAGAUAUUACGAUCUCUUUGCAUUAUUGUUCCGAUUUAGGCCUGUUCUCUCACGGCUUCUCUUCUUUAUUAUUGUUGUUCAACAUAAAAUUUCAUAUUUACAACAUUGUUAUCAUUUUUGGACAACAAUUCGCUACAAAAGCUUUACUGAAGCUUGUUCGUCAUAUUGUAAUGAAGCCAAUCUCCUUUCCAUUACCUCCCUCUUAUGCUGUGCAUUCGCCAACUCCAGAGCAAACUAGAAAUUUGGUCAUCGUUCUCGAUAGUCAGGUUUUCAACAUUUCUUCAGGUUUGUAUAUGUUUGUGGUCGAAUCUUAUCAAGAGGAUCGUUACGGUGUUGUGUUAAAAGAUUUGCAUACGAUAAUAGGUGUCUUUGUGCAACUCAUUCGAACUAUUGACAAAUACUUCCGGUUGAGAGCGGUGAGUAUGAUUUCCAUUCUAUCUUCACUUCCUUCUUACUUUCAUUACUCAUUAAAUUUGAAUUUUUUUGUAACAUAUGUAUUGUGA